CUUUGACUGAUAUUUAGCACUUUGGGAUGUUUUUCUAAUGGUUAAACGUCGUAAGGCGUCGAUCUUUGUUGAGGCUAAGGAAACUACAACGGUGCUAGAGCUCAAGAAAAUAAUCGAGGGAAUUAUGAAGACAUUGCCAGAAAAUCAGAGGUUGUGGAAAGACGAUCAACCAAUGGAUGAUAACAAGAUACUGGGUGACUAUGGUUUUACCAGCAGUACUGCAAAGGCACAGGAUCCUGCAACAGUCGGUCUUUCUUUCCGAGGAGAUGAAGGUGAAUUUGAGCCAUUGGUCAUCACGCCAUUGUCCACCCCUCCAGCGCUGCCAGAUGUUAUGAAGCAUCCGGACUCCGUCAGCCAGAGCCAGGAGCAAACGGCCUAAGCAACGGACAUUAUGUGCUUAAGGCAUUAUCUUAUUUCUUAUUCACCAUUUUAUCAGAAUUUUGAAGUCAACGUAGCUCAUUCGUAAAACACAGUAAGAACCCGAUCACAUUUUGUGUUUCUCAAGUCUAAUGUUUGAUCGUAAAGCUAGGACAAAGUAAUGCUGUGACUGUAGGUAAUUAAUACUGCCACCAUUUUGUCUUAGCCUAUGCCUGUAUGUGCCUGUGUAAUGAGCGAAACAUAUUGUUUUUGAAUAACAGCUAAGAAUCCAGUUGUAACUACAUGCUUCGUAGAGUCAUUCAGAUGUUGUUUGUCUGCACUAAAAUAACAGAGUGGAUACGUGGUUGUAUCAAACAUGCACUGCUGUUCGUCGUCUCCUGUGGCGCAUUCCUGCUUUUCUGAUAAUUUCUGCUAAUGAUAAACUUGCAGCAGUGUUUUUUUUAUCCCCAUAGCUGGCAUUGAAGCAGUGGUAACUGUAUGCAUCUUAAAAAGUGUAUUCAGGAGCAAGAAACAGUUUUGGACUUGUAAAUAUGCAUAUGUAUUGUAGGAAAAUGAAACCAGUUGAUAAGCAAUUUGUGGUAGUGGUUUUGAGUGUAGCAAAGCAGAUGUGACUGAUAGGGUGUUGCUUCUUAUUAUAUAACUUCCGAAUAGAGUUCAUACUGGAAACUCAGCGGUAAUGUAUUACUUAUCUGGAAUUUACAACUCUUUCCUAAACUAUCUUUUUGUAAUGGUCGUGUGCAUUAAGUGUUCGUCACCCAACUAGAGAGUCCCUGGAUGUAAUUGGCCACAUAUUUAAGAAAUGAGAUGGAGGGGUGUCUAAAUACGAACAGAACUUUAAAGCUACAAAAUUGUCACUUGUUUGAACGUGCAAGCCAUAGCAUAAACUACAGCUAUGUAGUGUUAGCUCUGCCUCUGUUAUUCUAUUGUUAAAUAAUUGGGUUUGCAACAUGGUGUUAUUUAUAGAAUGUUGUACUGUCGUCAUACGUGGUUUGUAGAAUUAAUUCAGUUGAAUGGUCAAUGUUAGUGCAGGCUAACCUUUUUUGUCUAUCACUUAACCCAUGUAUAGUGAUGAUGAAUGAUGAUGGAAUAUGAAUGAACCUCGUAGCAUUUGCACUGGCGUAUCCUACUGUGUGAUACUGAUAAAGCAGUAACCUAUCUGUCAAACGUUCUCGAGUUUUGUGCUGUGAUGUAUAUUAUUAUUCAGCAGGCGACUUUUUAACGUUCCCUCGAGCUAUUCACUUUCAUAUAAGUUAACGAGGCGUAUUAUAUAGGUAACAUGCCGCUAGUUGCUGAAAAUCGAAUCUGUAUUAUCAGAUUUGUAUAAAAUAAAGUGGUUUGAGAAGUUUAAAUUAACAAUUCAA